AUGCCGAUCCGCCGCAUCUCCCCGGAGCUGAUCGACGAGGUGUGCGGCUCGGUCACUCCCACAUUGUCGGUGCUGAACCUGUCGCACAACGAGAUUGCGACCGUCGAGAACCUGGACCGGCUCGCAGCGCUCACGCGCCUCGACCUCAGCCACAACCGCAUCACGCGUCUCACCGGCCUCGAGAGCCUCAGCCGGCUGUCGUUUCUCUCGCUCACGUCCAACCGGCUCCGCGCCGUCACGGGCCUCGAGCACCUCCGACUCCUCGAGGUGCUGCUCCUCGGCGACAACCAGCUCGGCUCCGUUGCGUGCCUGCGCGCCCUCUCGUGGCUGCCAGAGCUGCGCACGCUCACGCUCGCAGGCAGCAACCCGCUCGCCGACGCCUCAUCACACACCGCCUUCGUCGCGAGCCUCCUGCCGCGCCUCACGCUGCUCGACGGCGAGCCGCUGCGAGGGCGAGAGAGCCCGCCGCCCGGCGCCCUCGCGGUGCGCGCCUCGCCGGCUGAGGCGGAGCUGCAGGCCGAUCGCCCUCGCCCGGCUGAGCCAGCUGCGGGGGAGGAGGAGGAGGAGGAGGAGGAGGAGGAGGAGGAGGAGGAGGAGGAGGAGGAGGAGGCUGCCGAGGAGGCUCGCCGGCAGCCUCGGGCGCUGCAGCUGGCGCUGCCUCCGCUGACAGACCUCGCCUCUCUCCUCCCCCCCUCCUCCUGCCCGCCUCGCCUCGACUGCGGCUUGGCGGCGGCGCACGUGGAGGAGGAGCUCCUGCUCUCGCGCAAGCAGCUGGCGCAGGCGCGGGCAGAGGCCGAUGCGGCGAGGGCGGACGCGGAUGCCGCGCUCGCCGAGGCCAAGGCGGCGAAGGAGGAGCGGGCGUCGGCGCGCGAGCUGCCCCGAGCGUGCGCCUCUGCGAGCGCUUCCCCGCCACCAGCCCGUGGCCUCGCUGCCGACCGACCCGUGCCUUGUUGUGGCGGCGGCGGCGGCGGCGGCGGCGGCGGCGGCGGCGGCGGUGGCGGUGCGUGUGGCGGCGAGUGCGAGUCGUUGCGGCUGGAGAAGGAGCUGCUCGAGAUGCGGCUCGAUGCGAUGGGGCAGCUGCUGCAGCUGCAGGACGAGGCGAUGGGCCUCGGCGGGGCGGACGGCGCCGCCGAAGCGGGCGGCGAGGUCGUCGACCAAGGCGGGGAGGAGGAGGAGGGGGAGGGCGACGCACUAGCCGCCUCCUCGCUGCGGGCUUUGGCUGCGGGCUGGCGCGAGAAGGCGCGAGGGCGGGCGCACGAGCAGCUGCUUCGCGCCCAGCGCGAGGGCCACUCGCGCAGGCGAGCCGUCGCGUACCUCGAGGGAGAGCUUCGCGAGGCGCUCGAGGAGAACGCACGCUUGCGCCGCGAGGCGGCGCGCGUCGCCCUCUCCAAGGCGGAGCUGGCCGCGGAGGCGGCGGCCAGGCGCGCGUCCGGGUGCGAUGUCACGAGGCGUGCGGCAGAGUCCGAGGCGGCAAAGGUGAGCGGCGCGCACGCGGCCGCCUGCAGCGCCCUCGCCGAGCGGCAGAGCGAGGCGGGCGAGCUGCGCGGCGUGGCGGCGUCCCUCUGCCGCUCGCUGCGCGACGAGCUGCCCGCGGUCGUGGAGGCCGCGGCGGCGCGGCUCGCCGGCGCAGAGGGCCGCCUCGUGCCCCUCGAGGAGCGGCUCGAGUUUGCCUGCGGCCGGCUCGCCGCUCUGCCGGCCCUGCUGGCCGCCGCCAAGAGGACGGCCUCGCCCGUGGAGCGGCUCGCGGCGGAGCGGCGGGCGCUGCUGCGGCGGCUCGAGCGGCUCGGCGAGGAGGAGGAGGCGCGGGCCCGCGGCGUGCGCGGCGAGGCGGAGGCGCGCGUGAUCGCCGCGCGCGGCGAGGCGGAGGCGGCGCUGGCGGAGGCGGAGGGGGCGCGGGAGGCGGCGGCGAGGCUGCAGCGAAGCGCCGAGGAGAGCGAGGCGCGGGCGGCGGCCGCCGAGGCGGCGGCGGCGGCGCAUACGGCCGAGGCGCGGCGAGAGGCGGCGGAGGAGCGGUCGCGCGCCGAGGCGUGCCGCACGACGAUGACGGAGGCGGUGGGCAGCUUGCAGGCGGAGCUGAGCAGCGCACGGCAGGCGGUGCAGCGGCUGGAGCGGCGAGCGGCGCGGGGCGCUGCCGAGGCGGAGGCGACGCAGGAGGCGCUGCUCGCGCGGCUGGCAGAGGCGGAGAGCAGGCACGACAGCGAGCGCGCUCUCGCUCGCGGGGCGGCGGAGGCGUCUGCCCAACAGGCGGCGCGGCGGGCGGAGGAGGCUGCGGCAGACGCGGCGAGGGAGGCGAGGUGCGCGCUCGAGGCGGAGGCCGCGCGGCUGCGGAGGGAGGCCGCGGCGGCGGAGCUCACGCACCGGUCGCUCGAGCGCGAGCUCUCGCGAGUGAAGGCGCAGGCGGAAGAGGCUGCCCGCGCCCAGUCGGAGCUCCACGAGGGCAAGAUCCGCUCGCGCGACGCGCAGCUCGCGACGGCGCGGCGCGAGCGCAACGCGCUGCUCGCGGCGCUGCGGACGGAGCAGCGCGCCAACGCCGCCAGCGCUGCCGCAGCAGAGGCACCAGCCGCACCGGCGACGCCCCAGCCGAGGCAGGCGGGUGGGAGGGCGGCGCCCACCACCGGGGCCGACGAUUGUGGCGAGCGAAGCCGCCGCGGGCUCCUGUCCGCCGCCAAACUGGACGAGCUGCGCGCCCUCACCAGCAACUUGAUGGCGACGGAGGCAGUGUGA